CUGGAAGAGAGAACCUAAGGAGGGGUAAAACCGUACUUUCUAUGGCUAUAUAAAAGGUGCCAGCACCCGAGGAGAGAGCUUCAAAACCAUGAUCAUUCUUUCAUCUAGGAUAGCACCAAUAUCAUUUAUCACUCACCACAUACAGAGAUCUCUUACACACCGCCAAUUCGUAACCAUGGCUUCCAAACUCACGUUGCAGUCAACGUAUAAAAUGAACUCGGGAUACGAGAUCCCGGUGCUUGGAUUUGGGGUGUAUCAAACACCUCCAGAGGUCACUGAAAAAGUGACAUUGAAGGCGUUGGAGACAGGAUAUAGACACAUCGAUUCUGCCAAGGCGUACUGUAACGAAGCAGAGUGUGGCGAAGCGAUUAGAGCGUCUGGCUUGAAGCGGGAAGAUGUUUUUUUUACUACCAAAGUCCCAUGGAGAUCUUUGGGAUAUGAGAAGACGAAGCAGUCCAUUGAGGAGAGCUUGAAGGCUGCGAAAGUGGAUUAUUAUGACCUUAUCCUCCUCCAUGCCCCCUAUGGAGGGCGAGACGCCCGUGAAGGUUCAUGGCGUGCCCUGGUUGAGGCCCAAAAGGCGGGCAAAGUUCGCUCAAUUGGUGUCUCAAACUAUGGUGUCCAUCAUCUUGAUGAACUGGAAGAAUACAACAAGUCUAUUGGAGGAAAGAUAGAUGUCGGACAAUAUGAGAUCCACCCUUGGCUUUCCAGGCGAGACAUUGUCGAAUGGCUUCGGAAGCGUAAUGUCGUUGUUGAAGCAUACAGCCCUCUUGUACGUGCGCAGAAGAUGGACGAACCAAUUCUGCAUGAAUUGGCCAAGAAGCAUAACAAGACCCCCGCUCAAAUCCUGGUCCGAUGGAGUCUGCAAAAGGGCUUGAUCCCACUCCCAAAAUCUGUCACAGAAUCUCGAAUCGUAGAGAACGCCAACGUUUUCGACUUUGAGCUUUCCGAACAGGAUAUGAAAGCCAUGGAGACCAACGAAUAUCAGAAUGUCUGCUGGGACCCGACUACCCACAAAGACGGGGAUCCAAUUAAUUUUUAGGAUGUAAUCAUCCUUAUCGAUAUGACACCUGUACAUUUGUUUCUUAAAUCACCUCUCCCUAAGAGAUAUCAAAGGCAGUGGCCAUCCCA